AUGUCCAAGUCGGAAUUUGUUGGGUCAAGGUUUUUCAGAGGUGGAUCAGACAGUGAUACAGAAGAGGAGGAGGAUAUUAUUUCAUCGUCGGGUGAAUCAACAGAAAAUGAGGAUGAUAUUAGUGAAGAACCAGAGUAUGAAGAGGAACAGGAAUUAAAACCAAAAUCGAAAUAUCAUAAAGAUGUCACCUCAGAUGAUGAUUCUGAAGAUGAAGGGAAACAACGGCUUAUCAGAACUGGUAAAGAUAAAUGGUUGGAUGCAGUUGAAAAUUGUGCAAAAGCUAUCGAGAAUGCGCAAAAAAUUAAUGACUGGAAUCCUGUCGAAGAGAUUGAUGAAGAUGUUGAAGAUGAAGAUGCUGGAGUUGUGAAAAACAAAUCUAAAAAACUCGCGAAGGAUGCUGGUGAUAUUGGUUCACAAUCAGACGUCUCAUACACUUCGGAAACUGAGGGAAAGUUUAUUCCAGUAGGUCCAUCAGGAGGAAAGAGUAAUAAACCAAUAGAAUAUACAUCUGAAAACUUGUUCAAAAAGUUGAGAGAAAUAAUGGAAGCGAGAGGAAAAAAGAAUACCGACCGCUUGGAGCAAAUCAAAAUUCUUCAAAAACUUUUGGAAGUUGCUGCAACACCAUAUCAACGAAUUCGUGUAUUAAUUUCUUUAAUACCUGCUCAGUUUGAUUAUAAUCCCAGCAUGAGUAAUUAUAUGAAUGUUGAUAUGUGGAAAAGCACACAGAAAGAGAUCAACCAACUUUUAACAAUUCUUGAAACUAAUCCACAAUUCAUGAUUUAUGAAUAUAUGGAUGAGGAUUUCGAUGAUAAAGAACCAGUGAUUGAGCCUGGUCAAAUAUUUGGUAUACGUGGUUCAAUUGUUUCUUUAAUUGAUCGUUUAGACGAUGAGUUCACAAAAUCAUUACAAAAUAUCGAUCCACAUACUACGGAUUAUGUGGAUAGAUUGAAAGAUGAAACAGACCUGUAUGAUACUAUUGUAAGGGGUCAAAUAUAUUUCGAAAAAAAUGAAUUAAAUGAGAGUACAAGCAGAGUAGUUAUGAGAAGGUUGGAACACCUGUAUUAUAAGCCUGAUCAAGUAAUACAAACAGUCGAAAACACAGUUCAACAGUUAUACCCGGCAGGUCUUACAUCAAAAAUAACCUCACCCAUGUCUAGUAGUGAUCCUUCAGAUUUAAUUCACGCACUUUGCGUUUACCUCUACAAGAAAGGCGAAUCUCUGCUACGUACACGUGCUAUGCUUUGUCAUAUUUAUCAUCACGCAUUACACAAUCGCUUUUAUGUUGCGCGAGACAUGCUCUUGAUGUCACAUUUGCAAGAUAAUAUUCAUCAAAGUGAUGUAGGAACUCAAAUUUUGCACAAUCGCACCAUGGUUCAAGUUGGCCUUUGUGCUUUCCGGGAAGGGAUGAUUAGAGAAGCCCAAAGUUGUUUACAAGAAAUUUGUGGGACAGGUCGUACGAAAGAAUUGUUAGCUCAGGGUUUACAAUUACAGAGAUAUUCUCAACUCCCAUUAGAGCAAGAAAAACUAGAUCGACAACGCCAAUUACCGUUCCAUAUGCAUAUUAAUUUAGAAUUAUUGGAAUGUGCUUAUUUGACAUGCUCUAUGCUUUUAGAGAUACCUAGCAUGGCAGCCGCAGGAUCAAAUCCCGAAGCACGUAAAAAAAUUAUUAGUAAACCCUUCAGAAGAAUGUUAGAUUACAAUGAAAGACAAGUCUUCAGCGGACCCCCGGAAAAUACACGAGAUCACAUUAUGGGAGCAGCCAAAGCACUUGCUGCAGGUGAAUGGAAAAGAUGUCAAGAACUUAUAAGUGCCAUAAAAAUUUGGGACUUAAUGCCAAAAACGCAAAAGAUAAAAGAAAUGUUGAAUAGAAAAAUUCAAGAAGAAGGUCUUCGUACAUAUUUAUUUGCAUAUUCAUCUUAUUAUGAAACGUUAGGACUUGAGCAAUUAGCUACCAUGUUUUCUUUGCCUACGAAUGCGGUAACUGCCAUAAUUUCAAAAAUGAUUUGGAAUGAAGAAUUAGUCGCAUCAUUAGAUCAAGUCAAUAAUGUUGUCGUAUUACACCGUGUUGAGCCGACAAAGGUUCAGCAGUUGGCUUUAAUGUUUGCUGAAAAGGCAGCAUCAUUUGUAGAAGCAAAUGAAAAAACGUUGGAAUUGAAACAAACGACCGGACAAAAUCAAAGAGACCAACAAAGGCAAAAAGGACAGAUCAGUCAACAACAAAAUAUCGAAAAACGAACGACCUAUCAAAAGAGAGAUGGACAACAACAACGAUCUCGAAAUAAUUUUAAUAAUGUUUUGGGUAACAGUGUUCGAGGAAGGACGCAACAAAAUCGAUAUAGGUCAUAA